AUGUCGUCGAUCUCUCGAGCGGUGUCUCGCGCGUCGCGACUUCGGUCGUACGCCGCCGCCGCGAGCGGUGGCGCGGGAAAAACAGCCGCUAAAACGGCCGCCCCCGAAACCGACGUCGUCAAGCGCGUCUUCCUCGAUCAGCAGCGAAAAUUCAGAGCGCUGCUCGAGAAGACGAAGACGUUGUCGCCGCCCGUCGGUGGCGACGCGAAUGCGGUCAAGGCGUACGCGACGAAGAAGCUGGCCAUUCUCAAAGAGUUGGAUAUCGCCACGCCGGGUGAAAAAAUUCUCGAUACCGUGGACGAGGCGUUCUCUGACGCGACGACGGUGCGCGGGUUCUUGGACCGCGCCGCGGAGAUCAGAAAGGCGCUCGGUUUGAAGGAGGCGGAUGCGACCUUCUCGGUGCUCGCGCAGGCGCUCGACGCCACGGAGAAGACGCUCGGGACGCCAUUGAUGACGAGCAACGCUCAAGGUAUGGCCAAGUACAGCGCCGCGGUCGCCAAAGCGGCGGAGGCGGCCGGUAUCAAGCCGUUAGACGCCGCGUCUCUGGACAAGUUGCGCGUGGAGGUUGACAUGGAAUCCAUUGAAAACGAAAUUCUCGACUUGCAAUCCAUCGAGGAUGCCGUCAAGAAGGAGCAGGUGUAA